AUGUUGCCUUCGCUUCCCGACAUUCCCUUGGGUCUUGCCCUGCCUGCCGUGGCGACAACGCUGGCAUAUUUGAAUGCAAAGUUUUCACUCUCCUACGAUAUCAAUAUGAUUAGAUCGCUUUUCAAGAUGAGCAUGAAGCUACGCUUUGCUGAACGUGGGGACCGCCUGAACCUCUUCUACACAUUGGAAGCCUAUGCGCUUGCCCCCGCAACUGCCAAUAGCCCUUUUAUUGUCUACAAUGGAAAAACAUGGACUUUCCACGAGACAUAUCUUAUGGCGCUGCGUUACGGAUCCUGGUUCAAGAAGAUCCAUGGCGUUAAGGGCAAGGACAUUGUCGCUAUCGACUUCAUGAACUCGUCCACAUUCCUCUUCAUGUUGCUUGGACUUUGGAGCAUUGGGGCAGUUCCAGCGCUCAUCAACUAUAACCUGGCUGGCAAGCCGCUCACCCACUCGAUACGGGUAUCCACCGCAAAGCUCCUGAUCGUUGAUCCGGAUGUUAGUCAUUGCUUCCCGGCUGAGCAGCAGAAGGUUUUGACUUCACCGGGCUUCCGGGACGACAAGAGCUCGGUCGAAAUCGUAUUCCACACCCCAGAGCUAGAAGCACAAAUAAUGUCAUUGGAAGUUACCCGGGAAGAUGACAAGGUGCGCAACGGUUUGACUCCCCGCGACAUGGCUAUGUUGAUCUACACGAGUGGCACCACUGGACUUCCGAAACCCGCCAUUGUCAGUUGGAAGAAGUGCUGGUCUGGCAGUGGAUUCAUCACAAGUUGGAUGGGUGUAACCCCUUCGGACAAGUUCUUCACAUGCAUGCCUCUCUACCAUAGUUCUGCUGCGGUGCUUGGUUUCGUUACUUGCUUGAUGAGUGGAUCGACUCUGAUCCUUGGUCGCCGGUUCUCAGCGCGUAACUUCAUGAAGGAGGCCCGUGAGAAUGACGCCACAAUCAUUCAAUAUGUGGGCGAAACACUACGUUAUCUCUUGGGCGUGGCCCCUGAAAUAGAUCCGGUCACUGGCGAGGACCUUGACAAGAAACACAAUAUCCGGUUAGCAUUUGGAAAUGGUUUGCGCCCUGACAUCUGGAACCGCUUCAAAGAGCGCUUCAACGUCCCUACCAUCGCCGAGUUCUAUGCAGCUACGGAAGGCACUGCGGGUUCAUGGAACAUCUCGUCCAACGAUUUCUCCGCAGGCGCCAUCGGCCGAAACGGCGCCAUCGGAAACAUCGUUUUCGGCCGUUCAACUGCCAUUGUGGAUGUUGAUCAUGAGACCCAGGAGCCUUGGCGUGACCCGAAGACUGGUCUCUGCAAGAGGGUCCCACGAGGUGACCCUGGCGAGUUGCUAUUCGCAAUCGAUGCAAAAGAUCCCACCGCAGCUUUCCAGGGCUACUUUGGAAACAAGAAGGCCACAGAAAGUAAGAUAAUCCGUGAUGUGAUCAAGAAGGGCGAUGCCUACUUCCGAAGCGGUGACAUGGUUCGAUGGGAUAGAGAUGGCCGUUGGUUCUUCUCUGACAGACUGGGUGAUACAUUCCGAUGGAAGAGCGAGAAUGUGUCUACUGGCGAGGUCUCAGAGGUCUUAGGUGUCCAUCCCGAAGUGUACGAAGCCAACGUCUAUGGUGUAGCACUUCCAAACCACGAUGGCCGUGCCGGAUGUGCAGCCAUAGUAUUCAAGCAACAAAUGGCUAGCGGCAAUCUCUCUGAUCCUGCACUUGAGCCAUCAAGCGAGGUACUCGCCAGCUUGGCUGCUCAUGCCCUCAAGAACCUACCUCGAUUCGCGGCUCCCUUGUUCCUGCGUGUCACACCUGAGAUGCAGUCAACUGGCAACAACAAGCAGCAGAAACACGUCCUGCGGACUGAAGGUGUGGAUCCAACCCUUGUCUCGAAGAAGGACCUGAUCUAUUGGCUUCAAGGUGACACCUAUGUUCCCUUUGGACAGAGGGACUGGGACCGCAUGAAUGGUGGCCAAGUUCGACUUUGA